AUGAAGUGGAGCGUCCGCGGGGCCUGCGCCGCGCUUUCCUCCAGCUUGCUGCUCGCCUGCGCGCUCAGCGCCGCCGCCGUCGGCCUCAAGUGCUUCUCUCUGGGCUCUGAGCUGCGCGGGGAGCCUUUCCGGCUAGGGGCGGCCGCCGGUGCCUUUUACUCCGGGCUGCUGUUGGCCGCCGGCCUCUCGCUGCUCGGCGCCGCCCUGCUGUGCUGCGGGCCCCGGGAGGCGCCCCUCGCCGGGUCAGGGGCCGGGUCGGGCCCCGGACUCGGGGUCCCCGCAUCUCCAUCAGGCGCUCCGGAGCCCUCUCCUGGAGAGACGCGGGCGGCUGCCGGGCCCUCGGGGAGGGUGAACAGCCAGAACCUGCUGCUCCUAGGCGUCCUGGUCUUCAUGCUCGGGGUUCUCAGCGCCUUUGCGGGAGCAGUGAUCGACGGCGACACAGUGUCCCUGGUGGAACGCAAGUACUCCCACUAUUGCCUGCCCCCGCGCGCGCCGGCCCCAGUCCCCGGUUCGGCCCCUGGCCCUGCAGCCCCGGGCUCCAGCACGCCGCGCGCCCGCAGCACCCUGGACAGCGCCACAUCGGCCAAAUGCCGUCAGCUGAAGGACUACCAGCGCGGCCUGGUGCUCUCCACUGUAUUCAACUCGCUCGAGUGCCUGUUGGGCCUGCUCAGCCUUCUGCUGGUCAAGAACUACAAGUCUUCGCAGGCCCGGCGCGGUCGGCGCGGCCGGCGGAGGGCGAGCCGGUCUUUGGCACGGCCGCGGGGCGGACCCGGGCUCCGCGCUCAGUCGCUGGCCUCUCGGACCCGGCGCGGCCGGCGGGGCAAAAGGGGGCGGCGGCUGCAGCCACGACCCAGCGAGGCCUCCAUCCUGUCCCCGGAGGAGUCAGACUUCAACACCCCAGGAGACUGCGCGAGCUUCGCGGCGCACCACGCUGUGUCCUACAUCAACGUGGGCGUCUUCCAUGCCUUUGACGAGGCGGGCGUGGAGGUGUGCUGUGGCGGGCACCCGUCGGUGGAGCUGCCGGGGUACGCGCCCUCGGACCCCGAUCUCAACGCCUCCUACCCCUAUUGCUGUCGGCCUCCCUGUGAGAUGGUGCGCCCUUGGGAGCCUAGUCGGGCCUGCUGAGUCCAGGCCCAAGCGGCCUGGGACACCCGAAAGGGCAGCAAUCGGGCAUUGCUUGGCGUCGUGCCUGCGCGUGGUUUGACACUUUUCUGGUCCGGCCCUGUGAGAUCUGCGAGACCCUAGGACACUCCGGUAUUCUCCUUUCUGUGUGAGGAGGUGUCUCCCUUCUAUGUCAUUCGUAUCUGGACUCCAUUUAAAGUUUACAAUAAAUGUUUGGGGUGGGCUUGCCAAUCACACUUCUUUUAGACAAGUCCGUACCCCCAGGACUGCGCUGGGAGGUCCUGGGUCGAAUGGGCAAGAACAGAACGCUUA